GCCGGCGGCGGCGGAGGCGGCUCCAGCAGCGUCGCCCGGGGCCGCGGCAGAAGCGCCCUGGCCCGCGGCAGGAAGAAGGAAAAGAAGCAAUCGUAAAGACCCCCAGCCUCUGAAAGCUGCGAGGACAAUCGGGGACAGCAAUACCCACUGUUGCUCUGCUGCCUGACGCCUUCUGCCCAGCAUCUGAAGUGAACCUCAGUCAUCAAUUGCUUUUUUUUUUUUUUUUUUUUUUGGCCCGGGACCAAGGCAUUCUGGAUUCUGUUGAUUUGAGGCUGGAGAGAGACCGGUCUUGCUUGUCAUCGCCAACUUGCUAACCAGUGUGAUGGUGAAAUGAGAUGAGGCUCCGAAAUGGAACUGUGGCCACUGCGCUGGUAUUUGUCACAUCCUUCCUUACCCUGUCCUGGUAUACCACGUGGCAAAAUGGGAAAGAAAAACUAAUUGCUUAUCAACGAGAAUUCCUUGCUCUGAAAGAGCGUCUUCGAGUGGCCGAGCAUAGGAUAUCUCAGCGCUCCUCGGAGCUAAACACCAUUGUCCAGCAGUUCCGCAGAGCUGGAGCAGAGACUAAUGGAAGUAAGACUGCUCUGAGUACAAUCUCAGAUAAUACCAUAAAGCUUCUAAAAGAGUUGACAAGCAAAAAAUCACUUCGCGUGCCAAGUAUUUAUUAUCAUUUGCCUCAUCUAUUGCAAAAUGAAAGAAGCCUUCAGCCCGCUGUACAGAUUGGCAGUGGAAGAACGGGAGUUUCAAUAGUUAUGGGAAUUCCUACUGUGAAGAGAGAAGUUAAAUCUUACCUCGUAGAAACCCUUCACUCCCUUAUUGAUAAUCUGUAUCCUGAAGAGAAGCUGGACUGCGUUAUAGUCGUCUUCAUAGGAGAGACAGAUCUUGAUUAUGUUCACAGCGUUGUUGCCAACCUGGAGAAAGAAUUUUCUAGAGAAAUUAGUUCUGGCCUGCUGGAAAUAAUCUCUCCUCCUGAAAGCUAUUACCCCGACUUGACAAACCUGAAGGAGACGUUCGGAGACUCCAAGGAAAGAGUGAGAUGGAGAACCAAGCAAAACCUGGAUUAUUGUUUUCUGAUGAUGUAUGCCCAGGAGAAGGGCAUCUACUACAUUCAGCUUGAAGAUGAUAUUAUUGUCAAACAGAACUAUUUUAAUACCAUAAAGAAUUUUGCACUUCAACUUUCUUCGGAAGAAUGGAUGAUUCUAGAGUUUUCCCAGCUUGGCUUCAUUGGAAAAAUGUUCCAGGCGCCGGACCUGGCGCUGGUGGUGGAGUUUAUCCUCAUGUUCUAUAAGGAGAAGCCCAUUGACUGGCUCCUGGACCACAUUCUCUGGGUGAAGGUCUGCAACCCCGAAAAAGAUGCCAAACACUGCGACAGACAGAAGGCAAACCUGCGAAUCCGCUUCCGACCCUCCCUCUUCCAGCACGUGGGUCUACACUCGUCUCUGUCGGGGAAAAUUCAGAAACUCACGGAUAAAGAUUACAUGAAGCCAUUGCUUCUCAAGAUCCACGUGAACCCGCCUGCAGAGGUCUCCACCUCCCUGAAGGUGUACCAAGGGCACACCCUGGAGAAGACCUACAUGGGGGAAGACUUCUUUUGGGCCAUCACCCCCACGGCUGGAGACUACAUCUUAUUUAAAUUUGACAAACCGGUCAAUGUGGAGAGUUAUUUGUUCCACAGCGGCAAUCAAGAGCACCCAGGAGACAUCCUGCUGAACACGACCGUGGACGUUCUCCCUCUUAAGAGCGACAGUUUGGAAAUCAGCAAAGAAACCAAAGACAAACGAUUAGAAGAUGGCUAUUUCAGAAUAGGAAAAUUUGAGUAUGGUGUUGCAGAGGGAAUUGUGGAUCCUGGUCUAAACCCUAUUUCAGCCUUUCGACUUUCCGUUGUUCAGAACUCUGCUGUUUGGGCCAUUCUUAAUGAGAUUCAUAUUAAAAAAGUCACCAGUUGAUCUGCUUAGAAACCAACACGUCCUUUCUUAGGACUCUUGAUUAAAGAUGAUUAGCACGUCCUCUUCUGUUUGGACUUGAACACUACCUCUCCUGAAGCCACUGUAGAUGAGAUGAUUGUCGCCUCCGUGCGGACAGGGACUCUUCCCAUGGAUAACUGCAUUCAUUUAAAGCUAGGCUGUCCUCCAAUUUGAACUUGACACAAACGUUUUACAAUCCUGACAGCCUGUUAACAUGACUGAGGCUAUUUUGGUAUUAUACUAAUACACAAGAGUUGUACAUAUUGUUACAUUCCUUAAAAUUUGAGAAAACUGAUGUUAAAUACAUUUUGUGAAGGGGGUACUUUUGAACUUAUUUUACUAUUAUAGACCCUCUUUUAUAGACGAUCAGGGAUAUUAUAUAUAUAUACAUAUAUAUAUAUAUAAAUAUAUAAAUACACAUGAAGAUGUUACGAAGUUAAUUUAUUAGAAGCACUUAAGAAGUACAUAUUUUUGUGCAGUAAAGUUUUGAAUCAACACCUUUUUUUGAAGAAGCGGUUCCCCGGCUUUUUUAAGUUCUUUCUAUAUUUUUAUUUGGAGAUGCCGACAUUAUAGAUCAACGCCAUUUUUUCCAGUGCACUGCCAUUCCAGAUUGGUUCUAGAUGGGUUUCUUAACUUGAAGUACUUUUAUAAUCACAGCAAUUCUGAACAAAAUAUUUUCAGAGGCAUUUGUCAUUCCUAAAAAUCAAGAUUUUAAAAGACCAAUGUCAUCUCGAGGGUUAUAUUACUGUACUGUGUAUGGUGUGUAGCCACAGAAAACCAGUGUGACCGUCAUUGUCCAGGUGGGAAGCCCCUGCCGUGUCUCCACAGACUCCUUUCCCCGUUCAUAGUUCCCUCCAUGUGGGUGAUGAGACUCCCUUCCCUUUUGCUCUGUCUUUAAUCAGUAGUUAGACAAACUGUCUCUUUUCUCCUGGUUGGUCCUUUUAUAGAUCUGUGGUAGGUUUUGGAGUUCAGAUACUGUUUUCUGAGUAAUGCUGUUGGGUGAGUCCUAUUGGGUAUGGGACUCGGGGAAAGACAACCAUAGCACUUCUGUUUCCAUAGCACGAUUUGCUCCGCUGUGUCAUGGACGUGGAGGUAAUGCUGUGUCCACAGAGUGUGUGUGCAUCCUCACUUGCAGUCCCAAGUAGCACUAGUUGGCAAAAGUGCUUUACUCUUAUGGUUAGGCAGGCCGAGCAACAGUUGCCAGUCUUCUCUGGCUCUCUGGGAGCUGUGCGUGGAUAGCAGGUGUGGCGGAGGCCUAGGGCUGUGGGAGGUCCCGGCUGGUGGCCUCUGUCGGGGGCUUUCUUAGUUGCCCAGUGUAUGGGACACAUAGUACUCAGUGGAAGCCAUUUUGUAUGUUCUGCCUGGGAAAAUGUAGAUAAACACUACUGUGCAUGUCAAAGCCCAGCUGAAGCUUUUCUUGGUGUUUUGUUAAGUUUCCCCUCUCAUUUCCUUCAACUUUUUCUCUUCAACCUCUUCUCUGAUUUCCUAUGCCCUGUGCCCACAAACAAAUCCCACUAUCUUCCCACACUCAAGUGUGCAGCCGCAGGGUAACAGACUGUGAAACCAUGCAGAUGGGUGCAGGGGCCCCCUUAGGUCUCUGCUUUCUGGGUGGUUGUGAGUUCAGGAAGGCCAAUGUGGGCCAUGUGAAUGUCUCCUGCGUGGGUCUUUGAGCAUAUCCACUUACCAGGCUCUACUCAUCAGUCUUGCCUCUAAGGACUCUUUUAGCCAAGUCCUUUCCUUCAUUCAAGGAAUUCCCCCUUUCCCCAUGAGCUCAUUCCUGGUGCCUGGAACACGCCUGAGCCUUGGCAGGCUCGGUUGGCAUCUGGAUUAACUAGCCAGGUUGCUCACAUCUCUCUCCUAGCGAUGUCUGCCUACUAUCCUGCCGUGCACGGGCACACACACACUCCGUGUCUAGUCUUCAUUGUGUGUGGUGUGGGUUCUCCAAUACACUCCAGGCUCUGGAGGCCAGCUCUCCUGUCUUCCACCACAUCAGGCACUCUCCUGCUCCCUCAGUGCUAGCUGCUUCCUCCUUUUGUGCCCAGUUCAGCACUAGACUAUUGGAAACAGAUGUUCUUGCCCCAAGCAAGAUUUUGUGGGAGCCCUGGAGGUUGAUGAGGAUGAAGACUGAGGGAGGUGAAGACAGAGUGCUUAGAACUGUAAAGUGUUCAUCCACAUUAUCCCUUGGAGGCCACCAACCGACUUUCACCCACAUAGUGAAUAGGAAAAGUGCCAAAUGCAGUACUAAUUAUAUCUGUGAAAUAGGUCGUAGUUGUUAUCAGUGGGUAUUUCACAUAGCCCAGACUCUAGAGCCGUGCUGGCCUCUACAGAAGCCACAAAACACAUCUGUUGAAAUGAAAAGUUGAGUUGGCAGCCUUUGGAGUGCUCAGUGGCCACAUGGCCAGCAGCCACCAUAUUGGAUCCUAGGAAUAUGGGACAUCGACAUCACGGUGGGAGGUUCUGCUGGUUGUGUAAACAUGAGCAUUCUAGAAAGGUGUAGUAAUGUAUCCUGCUGCUGUGGUUAAAAAUAGACCUAUGGAUUCAUCUUAGUGCAGGUGAAGGUGUGUAUUUUGGUGGGACAGUCAAGAUUACCCAGCGACAUGUUAGUGUCAUUCUUCUUCCCAGCAUGCAUUGUUUCAGGAUCCUCAAGAGGUACAUUUGAAAAGCAUGAGAAGUGAAUGCAGAUGGAUGGUUUUGCUUGUAGAUUAGACGUGUGUUUGAACAAAGGUUCUUGAACUCAUUGGUUACAUGUAAAAAGAUUAGGUGUGCUUAUUUCAAAAGCUGUCAGGAAAGUUGGGAGAAUAGACUUCUUUUUAAGUCUUUCAUAAUUAUGAGAACUACAGUUCUCAACAGUGCUGUCCCUCAAGGAAAAGUUUGCUUAUGUGGAAAGAGUUGUUGUUGGCAAAGGUUGUUCCAGUUAAUAAGUGUGUAUCUGUCACAUGCAGGGUUCUAAGAAUGACCCCUCUCAUGACCUUGUAUAAUAUCCUCCCCUUCUGAGUAUAUCGAGAACUGUGACCACAUCUGUGGGUGAUUGGCCCAAUCUUGAGAGCCAUGUCAGGUUGGUAGAAGUGAGAGACAGCAGCAGCAGAACUCUAAACAGCAUCGCAGGUCUAAGUGGAAGGGGCUCCCCUAAAUGACUGCAGGUCGCCUGCCUUAAGGAACCAGAGGCUCUGUUACCCACCAAGUGGGACCUGCAGACCUUUUGCCAUAGGACAAUUUGACCCAGACACUUACCCAGGCUUGGACAUGGAAAUCCUGGAGCAGCCAGCCUGGCAAACACCUUCGCUGCAGCUUUGUAAGUGCUGAACCUACCUAGACUUCUGGUGUGCAGCAGUGGAUAAUAAACGGGCAGUGCUGUAUGUAGCUAGAUUUGUGGCAGUCCUGAGAAGUCUCCAUAUGUGAUUGCCUGCGGUAGACUAGUUUUUAAGACAAGGUCUCACCUUGCACCCCAGGCUGAUUCUCCCGGUUCUGCCUCUUAAGUGUUGAUAUGUAUCACCAUGCCCGGCUGGUUUUUGACAUAAGAAUAAACUCAUUCCCAGCAAGCCCUAUUCCUGGGUCUCUGCUAGGAUGUUUGGUGCCAGGACCCCGUGUCUCCACUCCAAGUCAGACUUGUGUUAGUUUUUGUUCUGUAAAACUGCCAGGAUGAGGCUGUAGGCAUCUUUUUCUCCUAGAUGCUCCUAAAUUAUACUGACUUAGAGGCCUGCCAGAAGUACAGGAAAGAAUGAUGAACGGUAUUUUAGACCAGAUUGAUGGAGAAGAAAAAUUCCCACCUUUGUGUCGACUUGCUGGUGUGUCUAACCCGACAGUGCAGCAUGGGGCUGUCAUCUACAGAGUCCAUGGCUCAAGAACCACAUGGUGAAGUUACAAAAACAAGGACACUGUUAAAAGCUUUGAGUAAGUUUACAAUCAUGUAUUGUGCCAUUCAUUGCUGUUCCGGGCCACAGGCUGAACACACCUGCAAGAGCUUCGGCUAUGACAGGUGUAAUUUUUUACAAAAAUCAUUCAGCCGAGUAGCUCACGGCUCAAACCCUGUAUGUUCUGACCAAGGUUUUGUGUUUAUGUGGUUCCUAAAAUACCUGCGCUUCCAAGCUAUGAACUGCUAAUGAGGUUUCUGAUCUUGGUUCACUCAGCCAUGCUUAUUAUUAACCAUGCUGCCACAGCCUUGAAGGAAAGGAACCCAGAGGUUAAACACUGACCUCAUCCUCACAUGGUAAGGGAUCAAGUCUCAGUUCAAGACUUCUAGAAAAGGGCAUUCCGAGCUAUGUAGCAACUUUUACAGCUUGUAAAACUUAAACUUUGAUAGUUGAGGACUUAAAUGAUUAAUAUUAACAUAUAUGCUACGCUAAUUAAUAUGCUAAAUUCAAUGCAUGUGAACAUACAAUGCUACAAAGAUGACCACAGCCUUUUACAAAGAGACAAAGAAUAAAACAAACAACAAAGACACCACAAGGAUUUUGUUGCCCGUGCCCCUGCACUCUCUCACUAGCUAAAUGGACCGGUUUCUGAAAUGCUCCUUCUCCAGUUUCUGCAUUACCUAAAACUGCAAGUUCGAGAGCAGACAGGCAGCGGGUGACCUGAAUGUGUGUAGUGUGAACCCUGGUCCUUAGCAGGGCUCCUGCUGCUCUGAACACAGGCUUGUGGGGACAGCUAAAUACCUGUGAUACUAAGGAGGCUGCUUCUUGCUGCUGAGUUAGCAAUUGGUCCCAGAAUGGCAGGAGUGGGGUCCUUUAGCCUGCAUAGCAUUCUGUUCUUUAUUGGAACUGCUCCAGCUGGUAAGCAUGCCUGAAGAGCAUUCUCUUGAGCUUUACAAAGAGCUGCUGGGACAGUACUGGCUGAGUCCACUAAGCCACUGUUUUCCGAAGUGGAGUCAAGGGCAGCUCAGAGCACUUCCUCCACAGUCUGUCUGUGAGUUGGGGGGGUGGUCUUGGAGCAGCCCAAGGAACCCCUUUGCUAGGUUGCACCAGGUUCUCUUUUCUCUGCACAUACUUGGCUCACAAUGUCUUCAUGGGUUGAACAAUUAAUAACUGCAGUUAUAUUUGAGGUACUUGUUGAAUUUCUAAAGGCAGAUUAUUUAUUUUCAAGUUUGCUGCUAUAAUUGAAACCUAAUAAUGUCCUGUUGACUGUGCCUUUCAUAACUGUCUCUGUGCUACAACUGUCCAUGUGUAUUUCAAAUAAAGAAGUUUGAAAAGCUA